AUGCCUCGUGGUGUCGAUAAGGAACACUUACCCACCAAAGUCUGCGAGGUGUGUGGACGUCCGUUUACGUGGCGAAAAAAGUGGGCUCGAUGCUGGAACCAGGUUUCGGUGUGCUCCAAGCGUUGUCAACAAGAGCGACGACACCAGAAACGACAAGAAAAAGCGUCAGACGCGGAUGGAAGCGUUUCCACGUUUUCGAGUGUCGCUUCGCAGGGUGCACGAGCACUGGCGCUUGCUGCACUGCGGUUUGCGAUCGUGGUGGGGUGUCGACAAGGGUCCAGCGCUGGGCGAACACUUGGCUGGUGUCCUUGGCGACUGGGCAUUCAUUGA